UACAACAUAUUGGAAUUAUUAAGAAACACUUCAUUGCCUGGUUUUGUUAGACACUUAAGAUCUUUCUCAGUUUGACAAGGUUUGCACACGCUUUUAAAAUUCAACCCCCUGGCCUAGUAGGCAGUUAAUUGUCAUGUUUGGCGCGGCAGCCGCGCAGGCAAAGCCGGCGCAUAACCCAAACGGCGACUUGGAGGUGCCGGCACCAGCUGACUUGGACUCCAUAAGUAGCCUUACUUUCAGUCCAGCAAGCGAUUUCUUUGCCGUGACAUCCUGGAACAAUAGUGCCUACGUAUGGCAAUAUAAUGCACAAGGGCAAACUUUCGCUAAGGCGCAAAAUACCGGAACUCAGCCAGUCCUUACAAGUUGUUGGAAACACGAUGGAAGCGGUAUCUUUCUGGGCGGCUGUGACAAGGCGGUCCGGCUCUGGGACUUGGCAAGCAACCAGGCAGUGCAGGUGGCUAUGCACGAUGCGCCAGUGCGGCAGGUAACAUGGUGCCCGCAGAUGAAUCUACUGAUAACUGGCUCGUGGGACAAAACAUUCCGGUAUUGGGACACGAGGUCCCCCACGCCUGCGCACACGGGCGCACUCCCGGAGCGGGUUUACGCCAUGGACCUGCGGGAAGACCUGCUAGUUAUCGGCACGGCGGACCGCAGCCUGCACGCCCUAUUCGUCACGCAGCCGCAGCAGAUCAAGACCUUACCGUCACAGCUUAAAUGGCAGACGCGCUGCGUGGCAGUGUUUCCCGACAAGAAGGGAUUCCUUGUUGGCUCCAUCGAAGGCCGUGUGGCCGUGUCCCAUCUCAGUGAACAGGACCAAAAGGACAAGAACUUCACCUUCAAGUGCCACAGGCUCGAGACCGAGAUUUACUCGGUCAACACGAUGUCGUUCCAUAACACGUACGGCACCUUCGUCACGGCGGGCUCAGAUGGCACAUAUAAUUUUUGGGACAAAGACUCCAAGCAGCGGCUCAAGGCGCAGGCCAAGGCCAUGUACCCCAAUGGUCAGCCCGCGCCGAUAACUUGUGGCUCCUUUGACCGGACGGGCACCAUUUAUGGCUAUGCACUCAGCUACGAUUGGAGCAAGGGAUACGCGGAGUACAACCCCGCAACCAUGAAGCCGUACAUCAUGUUGCACUCGUGCAAGGAGGAUGAGGUGAAGCCCAAGCCCAAGACCCUCACUGCUGGGCGGAAGUGA